AUGGUUGUUGCGAGCAGACCAGGAUAUUCACGGAAGAAUUUAGAAGCAGAAAGGAAGCCGGAUAGCGUUUCGAGUAAAGUCAAAGCGCGCACUGACAUCGUGACUUCGAUAGAACUUUGGACAGAUUUACCACCGAGACCAUAUGCGGCUCACGUGCCCGCUAACCAGUGUAAUGCAACUGAUCCUUGCAAUCAAUGCAUCCCGGUGCUUCUAUUUGCGUGGUUUUCGACCCUCCCUGCUCUUAACGUCAAUACUCCGAUCCGAUUGAACCUCCCACGGUUGGAGCUCCGGCUCCAGGGGAAACCAAACAAGUCAACCAUGGUGGUCCAGCGCCGGAGACGAUUGCGCUCCUUUUGUCUCAUGCUGGCUGCUUUAUUCUUUAUCUUCUUCUCUAUAUACAUCUCCAGUAAACCUUCGUCGAACAAUCGGUUUUAUAACGCUCACUUUACUGAAUCCCCCGUCGACCCGUUCCGUGGCCGUCAACUCGCGUUUUGGAAUUCGUUUCGCGAAAUUCUCGAUCGCCAUGCACCGGAGUGUCCGCCCCCUGUACUCGAGGGGGAUGCGAAACCGGUCACGUUCAGCGCGGUUGAGGCUGGUCCUCGUCCUGACCUGAUUGUGCUCCCGGACGAGCAUCUCGAAGCGAUGAGGUCGGCUCAUGCGGCUUUUGUGGAGGAGAUUCAUACGUCAAAAAUAAUUAAACCCAUUCAUACUCCCGGAUCGCGAGGACUGGUGUCAAUGGCAGGUGGGCCCUAUUUCCCGCUCUUCAUGGCUCAGCUACGCAUGCUUCGUCGCAAUAAUUCGACCAUGCCGGUAGAAGUAUUCUUGAGGGACUCCAGCGAGUACGAACAUCACCUAUGCGAAAAGGUCUUACCGCAAUACAAUGCCAAAUGUGUGGUCUUGUCGGAGCUGUUGGGAUCAACAAAGCACAAGGGCGUUGAGAUUGAGCAUUAUCAGUUCCGCACUUUUGCGGUUCUAUUUUCGUCGUUUGAGGAAGUUGUUUGGAUGGAUGCUGACUGUUUCCCGUUGUAUCGAGUGGAGGAUUUAUUGGAUUCUGAGCCAUUCGUUUCGACGGGACUGGUGAUCUGGCCUGAUUUCUCAGCGUCCACUACUUCGCAGCUCUUUUAUCAGAUUUCGCAGCAAGAAAUCCCUCCCAUGACUCUCCGCGCAGCUACCAAGACGGGUGUGUUCAUAAUAUCCAAGAAAACACAUUUCUUAACACUUCUUCUUGCCGCGUAUUACAACUAUCACGGCCCGUCACAUUAUUUCUCAUUACUGGUACAAGGCGCACCCGGUCAAGGGGACAAGGAAGCCUUUAUACAAGCAGCAUUGGCUCUAAAAGAGCCCGUCUAUGCCGUCAGCGAACGCGUCGGUGCUCUCGGACACACGACCGAAGGCGGCGAGUUUAUAAUCUCUGCCGUAGCCCAAGCGGACCCAAUUGAAGAUUACCAAUUGACCAAGGAAGGAAUAUGGCGAGUCAAAGAUCCAGAAUCAGGGAAAGCACCACGAGUAUUCUUCAUUCAUGCCAGCCAUCCUAAAUUUGACGCGGCCGAUAAUAUCUUUGGUUUCCGAUGGGACGGUACCCCGGAUUUUAUACCUGGCCGAAUCUGGACUGCCGACACCGAGGCAAUCCAGAGAUUUGGCUAUGAUGCUGAAAAAGCGUAUUGGGAGGAACUGAAAUGGGUGGCGUGCAACUAUGAGAGUUUUUUCCAAGCAUGGGCUACCAAACAUGAAGUAUGUGAGAAUAUUCAGGGGCGAUGGAGAAAUUUCUUUCAGAGUUCUCAUGACGAGAGUCUGAAAUUUGGCGAGGAUGAUUCGACUUCAUCCGAGUCUUGA